AUGGGUAAUUCAAUAUCACCGCAUUUGGAAAAUGCACAAAAAACCGGUGUUUGCUCUCUUUGUGGCAAUAGACUUUCUGAGGUAAGAGCGAUCCACGAUCCCCUAAAAUUAAAAUGCACUGACUUACAAUUAUUUAGCCGAUCAGAGUGUACACUGUACAAUAUGGCUUCUUUUUUUUAGUUAGGGAAACAGUUAGUUGAGCCUUAGUCAUCAGUGCCAAAGACCAUCGUCUUGAAAACGGUAAACCUUGAAGACUAAGACCUUUAAAGAUCAAAGACCCAAUAUACAGUGUAUUAGAGUUCACACGUAUAAUUGAAAAAACUACUCGCGUUAAUUUGCCUAGAACUUGUGAAAAAAAAAGAGACGAGGAAAAAGAAAAGAGUUACGAAAACCGGGAGAACAUUAAUCAAAAGCAGGAGGCUGGAAAUAUUCGCCGAAAACAGGAGUUUUCCAGACAAAACAGUAGGGUUGGAAUCUCUGAAUCAAACUAAACACCACGAUAAAUAUUGAUACUCUAUACCCUGCUGUUAUUACAGUCGCAUCUGCAAAUCGUUUGAUUGUGUUAGUGUGGUUAUGUCAGUGUAGACAAUGCUAGUUGUGGCUUGCUUAAUAUCACAGUCAAUGCCCCAGUUUCAUUUUAAAAUGCGUUUUUUUGGUUGCAAGAGGUCUUAGCUUUUGAGGUCUUCCUUUAAAGAUAGGUCAUAGUUUUUUAGGUGUUAGUCUUAAGAUAAUCCAUUUCUGGAGAACUGUUCUUCAUAAUGAUAAUUAACAAUUAAUAUAUGAGGCUGAGUAUCUUAUGAAGAAUUAUGGAGAUCAAGGAGGGUGUUACGGCCUCGACGGAUAACACCCUCCGAAAUCUCUGUAAUUCUUCAUAUGAUAAUUCCAAAUUCAAAAUAAUUCCUAGUUUAAAAACAUGGCUAAAACUUGCUUACCUCCAUUGAUCCAUGGAUGUUAAGUUCAUCUUUGAUAGUGCACGUUUAGGUUUGUCCAGCUCCGCAAAUAUUCUCCAAAUAGCAGAUGUUGCCCUUUGAGUUGUCUUCUUGGUGUUCUUGCCAUGUUUUUAGGUAUUUUUUUGCCUAGUUCUUUCUCUUGAAACAAGUGAAAUGUCCGCCAUUUUUCAAGUUCACAACCAAACCAACUCAACUUCGUCCCCAGGUCUUCUUGGUUAACGGUGUAUUAACCUACAAGAACGCUGCAUUUUUGACAUCAUUUCCUCGCUAAACACAAAAUUCUUCCAAAUUUGGUCAUCAGAAACUGGUUAUGGUGAAUUAAACGUGUGCUUUUAGCCAAUCAGAAUCAAGGAAAUAUUUUGAACGAAUAAUAAUAAUAAUAAUAAUAAUUUAUUCACUUCUAUUGUGCAAAUUCAACUCCAGGUUUGCAAAUGCACUUUACAUUCAAUUUCUAAAAAGAAAACUACACAUACAAAAGUAUAAAAUUAAUAAAAUUUAAAUACAGUCGACGAUGUUUACACACACACAUAUACAUAUAGACUGAGUUAAGAUUACAUGUAACUUCCUUAUCCUGCUUAUAUUAUGGAGAUAAUGAUACAUGUACAUCAUUCCUUAUGGCUAUAACGUCUGUGGGUAAAAGUCGCUUUGCAAUAUUAAAAUAGGAGUUCCUUGGGUGGAAGCACUUUUCGAGUGAAUUGUAAAAGGAAGUUUCUUCAUUUAGCUUUAGCCUGAGUAUCAGGCGUUUCUGGGGAAAAGGCGAAAGAUGGAAGCGAAAAAGGGAGAGAGGUGAAGGAGAGAAACGCCUGACACAGAUGCUUUUACUGGAGCCUUCCACCCCCACACAGCAUGACUCGAUACCAUCCAAUCAAAAUCACUUCGGGUCAUUGGGUUGUCAGCUUCACGUGUCAAAAAGCUCGCCUAAAAUAAAUCUCACUUUACGGCCUUUGGUCUGGCUGAGCUCCGGUGCUUGUGUUGCUACGAUUUCGCUUUUUUCUGAAACCUCCAAUGAGGAGUUUUCGAAUAUUUGUACUGUAAAACCUGCCAUUUAUGAGGAAUUAUAACAUGUUUUAGGAAUUGUGCUAGGGUAAGAUCGCCAACGCUCUGUUUGUAAAUAAAUGUGUGCCCGGAAAAUUGUAAAUUGCUUUUGUUUACAGAGUUAAAUCAGGCUCUUGCCUGGCAGCUAAAAAGCUGAUGUUAUCCCUCCUAUUCUCGGGUGGUUGAAAGGAGCUGCAAGAAUAAAUAGGAAGGUGCGAUGAUGAAACACCUAUGCCUAGAAAUUAUCAAGCAGCAGCAAAUUCCACCACUUCACAGAGAGCUCGUGAAAGCUGUUACAAGUUCAAAAAGAAGUGAGAGCCUAUAGGGUUGGCGAAAUAUGAUGGCGCCCGCUGAGCUUAAGACAUUUCAAAAGUGAGAAAAUUUUGGAAGAGGAAGCGAACGAAUUCUAAUCACGUCGCUAUCGUAACCGCAACAAGCAAAGUCAAUCUUUUUAAAAGCAUUUGUGUUGUUGGCGAUCUCAAUAUAUGGCUACCUUGCUCUAUUUUCAUUUACAGUAACAAUACCAUUUAAACGGCAGGAUGUUGUAAAUCUGAACAUAGAUAUCGGAAACACUGGUAUCGUCUUCUUUGUCCCGGUCUUGUGAAACCAUAUGAGGCUUUUCCAUACUCCGAGUACAUCUUUCCUUUAAACUACGAGGCCUUGAAGACACAAUUCUUGCUCGGGUUUUAUUUUUAUUCCAGAAAAGAACUUGAGAGCGCCCUCUAGAGCCUUUUUGAAUUCCUCUCUGCCCCUCUGUCUGUAAAAGUAUCACAUACCGGUAACAUGAAAUCAAAACAUCUAUGAAAAAUUUCAAUGACCGUCUCCUUGCCGAUCGCUCUUGCGGUCGGUGACGUCAGGGGGUAUUGUGUGUUAUCCAAUCACUGCCACAUCCAGAUUUUGGAUGUGUCACACGAUUCGCUGAAUGGUUUUGUGUCAGGCCUUCCUUUCUCUUUUCCCCCUCCCCCCUCCCCCAUAGGAAGGCCUGAUACUCAGGCUAUUUAGCUUUGACCAUUAGUACAGCUGUAAUAACAUGGAGAGUCACCAAAUGUUUAACCCAAGUUAUUUCCAAAACCUGACAGGUUCCUCCUGAGCUGUUUCAUCUGGGAGCAUCUUUGCGAACACUUGAUCUGUCCAAUAACAAAAUCAAAGUCCUGCCUUCAGCAGUUGGAGGCUUUACUUCCCUUAAGAACCUGACACUGACAUCUAAUCACCUUGGUAAGCAUUUAAUGGAAAUAAUUUUUUCAAAUGUACAACUCAUCUACCUUUAGUUUUUAAGAGGUUCAGCAUGCCUUGAUUUUAAUAAUGGGAAAGGCACUAUUAAAUGUGGAAAUAAUUAUUUAAGAAUAAUAAUUUUAAAGCUGUACUGGUGUUUACAGUAUGUUCUGAAUCUUAAUAAUUACUCCUUACAGUGCUGUAAAAAAUAAAAAUCUACACCUGAUUAAGUUUUCAGUCAAAGAAAAAGAUGUGUUUGUAUAUUGAUUGGGUCCCCCUUUGUCUUUCUUUUCUUGUGGGCAGUUGACUAUUACAAAGGGUGAAAAAAGGCUUUGAAGAUUAAGCCAAAAGGUGAACUAAAUUCAUUAAAAGAUUGUACAUACCAUAAAUCCUCUGUCAAGCCCCCCUCUCAAAUGAGCCCCUCCCUCUCUUUUAAGCUCCGCACCUCCCCUCCCCCCUCAUUAUUCUUCAAUAAUAAAUGAUAGGCUGUAUUAAUCAAUCAUGACUGUAAAACUUUGUGUGGACUGAUCCAGGAUGGUUUAUUCACCAACUGGAAGUUCAGAAUUGUUUUUGAUCCUCGGCUGCAUGACCUUCAGCUUCUUGUACUUGAGCUUUUCCACUUUGUAUUCUAGUUCGUUGUGGAGAACUGAUACCACUGUCUUUGUUAAAUUAAAUAAGCCCACCUCUCAAAUAAGCCCCCCCCCUCUUUUCUAUUAAGCCCCCGUCAAAUGUGCUUGAAUAAAAUUAAUAAGCUCCCUCUGGGAAUUUACUACAGAUGAUAGAUCUCAAGAGUCCAACUCAGCUGGGCUCUCUAAAUUCCUGGCUCCGGUUGUCCAAUCGUUGGAUAUACCGGAUUAAUCACUACAUCCAAUGGAUAAGUGUCAGGGAAACCAAUAUUUAUGCUACACUAGAUAGAAGUGAAUAGCAUAUUAUCAACCUUUUGAACAUCUGGAGUCUGGCCUCUUCACCUCUAUGCACACUCCUAUGCAAUAAUGUUACAUUAUGUUACGUUACAUUACAUCGAUCAAUUUAUUACAUGUUUAUUUCAUGUUUGAUUUCAGGUUCCUUGCCAUUAGAACUCUCACAGCUGAAGAAGUUAGAAAUCUUAGCUGUUGACAAAAAUAGUCUCAAGACCCUUCCUGCUGGACUUUUCACAAACCUAACUCAUCUGAAAACCCUCUCGCUUUCAUCAAAUCUGCUGACAGCAUUUCCUGAAAGCCUUGGUGCAUUAAGACAUUUAGAUGCAAUUGAUUUGUCUGAUAAUAAAAUACACACUCUCCCUGAUUCUGUUGGAGAUCUGCAAGUUAUAGAACUUAAUAUGAACAGAAAUCAAAUUGCAUCACUCCCAGAUAGUCUGGCCAGCUGCACUCGCCUUAAGGUGUUAAGAAUAGAAGAGAAUUGUUUGCCUUUAGAAGCAGUCACCCCACAACUUCUGAAAGAGUCAUCAAUUUCUUUGCUUGCUGUGGAAGGCAAUUUGUUUGAUAUUAAACAACUGAGAGAGACAGAAGGUUUUGACCAGGUAAUUACAAUGAUACAUGCAAUCAGCGUAGUUAAUACAUUGUUGGCUGUAAGUGUGAUUAUAUCAACAAUUAUUGUGAGGGCAAAGUGACUAUUAUUGUAACGAUAGUACAUAUUUUGCCGUUCUUGUGGUGACAGUUACAUUGGUUAGACCAUGAGAAAUGUGUAGGUGCUAAUUCAUGAACAUUCAAACACAUCUAAUGACUCUGAACCUGCCCAUCACCUCUGCGACAAACCUUUGCAUUCUUUUAGUUGGCCCAUACUCUGCACGGUCAAAUCUUUCCAGCAGCGCAGAAUCUUUGAAGGCCUAAUUAUUCAUCAAAAUUAAUGGUACAUAUUGUUGUUCCUAUUUUCCUUUGUUUUAAACUCGUUUAUAACACAACUGUAAUAAACUGAAGCGAUGCUUUGCUUGUGUGCCUUGACACAAUCAUCUCAAAGCCAUGUACUGUAUAAUGGUGACAAAUGUUGUCUUUUCUUUUCUCCACAGUACAUGGAACGUUUUACAGCAACAAAGAAAAAGUUUACAUAA